CCAUGCUAAAUACUCUCUCUCUCUCUCUCUCUGCAUUCAAAAUAGCGUUGGCGAAGUCCCAUGCACUCAUUUAUUGCACCACGUAGCCUUAAAUGAAUUCUCCCGUGGAAUCGCCCCCUCUCUCACUCUCUCUCUCUCUCUCUCUCUCAUGCUCCUAUGUCGCCCGACUCCAUCUCUGCACCUCUGGCCGAAGCGCCGCCGUCAGCCGCAGCGGUUGGCCUCGGAUACGGCAUCGCCAUAGCGGUUGGCAUCCUCGUCCUCGUCUCCACCAUCAUGCUGGCCUCCUACGUCUGCGUCCGCGUCAAGGGCGGCGCCCACCGCCCGUUCCCCGCCCCGUCCCUCCCGGUUCGGCCGGCCGCCUCUGCCCCAGGCGACGCCGCGGCCGUUGUGGUGGUGACGACCUUAGGACUAGACGGCCCCGCCAUCGAGGCUUUCUACCCCAAGUUCGUCUGCGGCCAGGGCGGAGCGUCGGCGCCGGCGGGGCCGUGCCCGAUUUGCCUGGCAGAGUACGAGGCCGGGGAGGCCCUGCGGCGGGCGCCGGACUGCGGGCAUUGCUUCCACGCGGGCUGCGUCGACGAGUGGCUCAGGGUGAGCGCGACAUGCCCGCUAUGCCGCAGCUCGCCGGUGCCGUCUGCGGCGGCGACGCCGGUGGCGACCCCGCUGUCGGAGCUGAUCCCUCUGGCGGCGCACGCCCGGUGAUGAGAUCUCAUGUGGUGGCGUGGCAGAGAAGGGGGAGGAAGCGGUGAAGGUUGUUGGAGAGUUAUUAAUGGUUUUUUCCACUCUCAUUGGUUGUUUUUUAUGUAGAGUCGACAUGUUGACCAAAGGAGAGCUCGUUGC